AAAAAAAAGACAAAGAUCAAAAACGAAAGUCAAACAGCUGUUUAGUCUGUAGAAGAAGAAUUCAUUGAUCUUCAUAAAUUCCAAAAAUUUGUGAAAACAAUGAUAUAGAAGAGACCACAAUUAGUUUUUGGAAUUAAGCAAAAACAAAAAAAUGAAUCAUAUUAAUCAGCAAUGGCUAAAGAGGUUUCCCUUCAAGAACGCAACGAUAGCUCUGACGAUGGUCAACGUGCUAAUCUUCCUCUUCCUCCUUCGCGGCUUUUUCACGUCAUCAUCAUCGUCCUCUUCUUCAUCAACCCGAAUCAUUUCAGCUCGGCUUCGGUAUAUCAAGGAAGCCCGAGAGAUUAGGCUCGCCAUGCAACCUUUAGAGCUCAUUAAAAGAGUCAAAGAAAUUCAACAGGAGCCAUUCAUAAGAGAUGAAACAGAGCAGCAGAAAGAUGUGAAGCUUAACACACCCGAUGAUCUGUCUAAACGGGUUAAAGCUUUCUUCCCCACUAACGAGGCAUUAAGUUUGAAAGCGUUGGAAGAAUGGCGAAAGCGGAAAAUGGAACGAGCAAGACAACGGAAAGUUGAGAAAACUGGAGGUGCAUUUAGCAGCAAGUAUGGUCGUGGAUAUAAAGACCAUGACUAUGCUACAGUUUACAGUCAUGGUCAUGUACCAGACACUCAUGCAGGCGAACACAAGGCUGGUGGUGGAACCACCAUGGCCGUUUAGAGUCGUCUUAUGUUUAUGUAAUGUUAUAUAACUUUGAUAAUGAGUUUAGACGAACCUUCCGUGUUCUUUUGUUAAUUUUAUGGAUUUCUCUAAGAGCAAGAUUAUUG